UAGUGAGAGAUCAUAGGCGGACCCUCAUUCGUCUGCCGCUGGCCAAGAAUACUUGGAAAAGCAUAGAAAUUCUAUUAGUACAACAACCACUAAUCCCAAAAUUAGGACUGAUUAGGAUUUCCCACAUUUUUCAUCAAUUUUAGAUCCCUCAUUCAGCCAUGCAUUUUAGAUAAGCUUGUUAGCCAGCCACCCACAAAAACUAUUAAAAAAUAAUUACUGACAGAUUUAUAUUGGGCUCAAAAUCUCGUGCUACUGAAUAUUUGUUUACCAAAAAGUAUUUGUUUACUUUGUUUUUUUCGGCAGCUCUCUGGUCUUUCUCAGUUUGUAGUGGUGGGAAAAGAGAGGAGGUCGGACACGAGAAGGGACAAAAUGUCAGAUUUUUUUUAAAUUCUAUAGUUUGAUGUACGAAUGAUGCGCAUUUUGACUGACUUAUCUACUUCAUCGCAUGACCGAAAUUGACAUGGCACGACGGGUUGAUUUUUUUGUGUUGGACGUGACUUCAGGACCCUCAUCAGACAGAAGUGACGACCCAACUGUGGAAAAAAAUAGCUCGAAUAAAAAGCGAGAUAUGACUACAAAAAUGCCAAUUCUGUUUUCAAACCACUAUCAUCACCAUCGGUCUGCUGCCGAGAGAAGGAUUAGCAUUGAGGGAGGGCACCUCAAGUCUACUCCACCCCCAUUGAUGAACAACAAAGGAAUCUUAAUGUAUGGUACACACCCAUUGAAGACGACGCCUUCAAUUAACUUGGUCGCUAAGGAUAGCUCGUGCCUAAUUAAUAAGAUUCUCAUGCAUUCCGCUCGGGAGAACUCAGUGUGUGACUCGACCAUAAAACGGAAGAAGAAGAAAAGGCAACUGCGCAAAAGAAUAAGAAGUCGAUCCAAAAAAGUGAAAGGGACAGAACGAGAACCAGCAGAAAUUAAGACUGAUAAUGACAGUAUCGCGCUGGUGGACAUGGAAGUUGACCACAUGGAUAAUGGGUUUGAACCAGGCUGCGAAGCUAAUGUAGAUGAACAGGCCGAAGACGAAGAUUCGGGUAGCAUGCCGGAACUUUCGCCCCCACAUAUCCCGAACCUCAAUAGAUACCCUACAAGGUCAAGGUUAGACUUUGAUGACCAGUGCAGUGACGAUUCAUUUUCGAUGCCUGUAUUAUUCCCAAGCAUUCUGUUGGCUGAGUCAAUGCUCCCCUCAACCACUCCAAUACUGCACAGAAGAUGCGCUUUGACCAGUUCGAAGAAUGGCAAAUCUGAAACGGACGAACGAGUACGAACUCUGAGUGAAACAACGAAGCAUAAGGAAACUAAUUCUACUCCUAAAGUAAUAUUUAACCAAAAACAACUUACUACAAAAUUGAAUUCAACAACCAUUCCCCCUGUUCCUCUUCAUGGUCAGAUUAGCUUGCGGGGAUAUUACUAUGGGCGAUGGAACUGGAGUGAAGAGGCUAACGAUCACAGGAUAGCAAGAAAGAGCAGGAAGCAACAUAAGAGGACACAAUUUGAAACGGAUUUCUCCAGGUACAGGAGGUCAGAGAUGGAAACUUCGGUUCAUUGUCGUUUGUGUCCCAAAGAAAUCCUUAGUAAUGCGAACGUAGUCUGCCACAUUAUUAAGGAACACAUAAGUGAAAAUAAAGAUGGGAAUUGGGAACUUAUCAAGCAUCGCACUAUCCCAAAAAGUUCGAAUUCUAAUAGCGACUGUCGUCUAUGUUUCACUUCAUGUACAUCUCUAUCUCGGCUAAAUACCCAUAUGAGACAGAUACACCAACACACUACGGAUAUAUGUUGCCGAAUUUGCGAGGUUGGGUUUGAUUCGACUGAGAAAAUGACGCUGCAUCACUCAAAGUUCCAUCAUGUUGCCGAGAUGCCAUAUUCAUGUCCAGUCUGUGAUUGUCGUUCAUCUUUUCGUUGGGACUUAAUUAAACAUUUUCAAUUGAAACAUGGUCAUGACUCUCGAGUACUAUGCCCGUACUGUAUGCGAUUAUUUAAUGUAAGCGUUUCGAUUGGGAUGAUAAUUCUACAAGAGCACUUACUGGAACAUCAUGCCGAACCAGAAUUAAAGUGUCCAAGAUGUUGCUUAAGGUUUGUAAAUACAGAAGAUUUAAACCAUCACUUGUUCCAUCAUCAUCACCCACCAAAAGAAAUGCAUGGAAAUACUUUUUAUGAUAAACUCAAAGGAUUCCAAUGCUUUAAGGAGGAAGAAAAACAAAAUCCCAUGUUCAUUAAUCAUCCACAUCGAGGCCGUCCACAACCUCUGAAGAAUUGAAGUCCCUCAUAAAUCAGUUUAGACAUAGCAAAUACAAUAAUAAACCUUACUAAAAAAUUUCCUGUUUUCUCCAUGCUUUGAUGCAACCACGAAAUUAUCUUUAUUCAAUAAAUAGCAUAUUGAAACCGCCAUACCAACAAACUA